GGCAUGUGAGGACAGAAAUCCAAGUGGUGUAGGAUUGCAGAUAUAGUUCGCAGUUUUAACUAUGAAACGUCCCCAUUACCCCAGGUUUCAACGUGGCACCCGACCUUCAGAGACCCUGGAAGAACAUUGCACCGUUCCUGAUUGGAUCGGAUAUGAAUUAACAACAACAAAACUUUUCCAAGAAAAAUGCAUGAUCCAGAUGCACUAUCCGGACCCGGAUUAUACAGAAACCUUGUGUGGUGUUGUGUUUUAAAGGUCGUUGUGUGAAACUCGAGCUGUACAUGUUUUUGUGUCGGUACGGUGUAUUCAACUUCUUGGAAUGAUAACGUUUGGAUAUGUUAUGAUAUUGGUAUGCGUGGAUUGCGUAUGUGUAAUGUUUAAAAACAAGCUUUACAUUCGUAUAAAAGGACGCCAACAGUCAGAGUGACAAUAUAGGAGACAAUGGCGACUCCAGUUCCUGGAAGGAGGAAAAUACAUCUACAGGAGACAAUAACGUUUGAGAGAUGGGACUCUCUACCUUCCAUCUCGAAAAGUGACUUGGAGGGAAUGCCAAGGUACAGAUCUGCCUCGCUGUCCGAUCUCCUAGAUGGGACGCAGGACAUCCCUGACGCAACGAAGCCUAAAGAACCAACUUCAGAAAUAUCACGUGACCACUGGGAUAAACGUCGGUUGAGACAGAAGUGUAAUGGCUGCUAUAAACAGAUUCAUCUGGUUUUCCGACAGAAGCAUUGUCGAAUGUGUGGUAAGGUCUUUUGCCAGCAGUGCAGUCGUUUCCAGCGACGUUUGGCCGACGAUGCCUCUCCGAAUCCUGACGGCAAACUAUAUCGGGUGUGUCAGCUCUGCUUCAAAGAUGGCGAGGACCUGGCCGUGGGGUGUGUGAAGUCAUGGACACAGGAUUUCUUCAACAUGAGGUCGGCGGCGCACGCGCGAAAAUUCCCCUCUGGGAAGGAACCGGAAUUAAAACUCUUAUGUGAGAUACCAAAGGUUUGUCAGCCAAUUUCCGACAUGUUCCUCGUGGACAUCUCCAAGAGCAAACAGAUGAAGGCCAAGCUGCAGAAUGCGGUGAAGAUUGCCAAGAGACAGACGUUCUGCAGCCUCUGUGACAAGGAUCUGUUCGUGCCCAGUGACAGGAAGCAGUGUGUUGUGUGUGGGGAGAUCUUCUGUAAGGCGUGUUCCAGUAAGGACCUCGUGGUCUUCUACCCCCGGGGUGCUGUGCAUCAGAGUGACGAGGGACGGGCUCGACCAGACAUUGACGUCAUUCAAACUGGAACCGACAUAUCCAAGAUGGCGGAAGUGUGGCGGAACUACCGCGUGUGUCGCCAGUGCGAGGAUCACGUCGGGCGCGAGAUGCGCGUGUUCCACUUUAACAUCGAGCUGCAGAACAAACACCAUGAGAUGAUUGACAUCAAGAAGCAGAUUGUGGCCAUCCUUGAUCGAGAGUCGACAUCAAAUGGGCACGUGGGGACGCUGCGCAAGUCAUCAUCGUUCGACAUGCUGGAUGAGAUUGCUAAUAAUGGUCAGGAUGUGCCUCGGUCCAUGUCUGAUGACGUCAUCCUGUCCCUGUGUGAUGCGAAGUUGGUGGAGGAGCGCGUUGUCCAAAAGCUUUUUGACAGAUUUUAUAAACGAUAUGAAGAGGUGCGGGGUUUGAAGCCAGUUACGAGUACGCAGACUAGCCUGAAACAGAAAAUCAUUUCGUCCUCCACGAAUUUCUACAACGAAAGACGAAGGUGUUUCCGUGACCGCUUCACCAGCUACAGCUCCAGCGCUAGCACCACCUCAGAUGGCGACUGACCGAUCAGAAUAAAGGACAUAAGUGACCAAUCAGCCAGUUCCACAAACCAAACGAAGUGUUCAACAAUCAAUCCAUUCGUGACCAGUCGUGCCAUUCCGGGACAAGCCAGUUACGGAAAGUAGCGAGUUGGGACGAAUGCAAUCAAAUCGGGAUCUUCCGGGUAAAGACGGAAAAGGGGUGACAUGUAUAUACCCUUCAGGGCAUUCGAGUUCAAGUGUGAUAAAACCCACCUCGGGGAGUUAAACUCCCUUGUCUCACGUUAACACCCGAAUAAGUACUUUGGUUAGAGUAACUUCCAUUUGUUCCUCGGUGUGUGAUCGGUUCAACUCGGCUUAUUUCGUUACCUUCGUAAUGCCAGGGAGUCUAUCAAACUCCUCCCAGCGACUGCCCGUUUGCGGGCCUCUCUGUGAACAAUCAUAGCUCCCGACUCAGUAGCGUUCGCAACUGUCUGACAAUUAUGGUUUCCGAAAGUGAUGAAUGUCGUGACGCCGAAAAUUCUUACCCCCAGCGAAAUAAUUUUUGUGUCAAUUUUGAAUUUCUAUUUCAUUUCAGCUACAAUUAGUUUAGUGAGAAUGCAAGGGCUAUGUUGAGAGCUCUUCCGGUAGUCUUUAAUCUCGAACCAGUCCAAUCUCAUUAAAAUCAGAUCUUAUUUCUCGCUACCCUCCAACAAAGCGAGUGACUGAGUGAGUAUGGUUUAACGCCGCUUUUAGCAAUAUGCAAGCAAUAUCACGGCGAGGGACACCAGAAAUGGGAUUCACACAUUGUACCCAUGUUGGGAAUCGAACCCGGGUCUUCGGCGUGACGAGCGAACGCUUUAACCACUAGGCUACCCGACCGCCCCUCGCUGGGAAUUAAGGAUCCUGGGGUGUUCAUAAUACUUCUGUACAGACUCCCUGAUAAUACCCCCGGCUGCAGUGGAGUAGUGGCAUUUUAUGAUUUCCCUGUUAACCGCACAACGACCGAUCCCUCCGCAAAUAGUUCGUACCAGAUAACUGCUGAUUUUCAGAAAUAUACCCUUUUUUAAAAUUAGAUAUAUACUUCUAUAACCAACAACAUUUACAUAACGCUCAAUGAUACCCCCGGACUGUGUCGUGUGAUGUGAUAGUCACGUGACCGAGCAAAUCUAGUUCUAAUAUGGAUUUCCCCAAUGCUGGGGAUUGAGCUGAGCCGAUCGCUACUUUAUCGCCGCUUGUCGACUUUUCCGAAAAUGGAUUUUUCCUUUUAAUGUUUAUUUUUCAAAUUAUCGCUGCAUAUCACUGAUGGAGUUACCUAAACAUUAUCAAUUAAUUCGUUUCUUGGCACUCGGCCUUUUCCGGAAAACAACAUUAUUGAAAACCAAACACCAGAACAAUGACUUUAGCUUGUCUCACCUUUAGCUGUCGCUCUGCGUAACUCCUUCAAGUCCAUCUGCAAAUAGUCAAAAACCCUCAUCGUUCUGUAUUUUCGAUCCAUACAUGCAAGGUCUGAAAUUAAUUUUUGGGGCACUGGAAAUUUCCGAAAAACUAUUACAGCUAUGGGUAGAAUUUGGUUUUCAUUUUGUAUUCCAAGAUAAUACUGAUCAUAAUCAAAUCAUCACUAUCAUCAUCACCACCACCAUCAACAUACAAUUUUGCUGUUGCGACUGCUGUUUUUUUAUAUUGUUCUAUUAUUUUUAAUCAAUAUCAUCAUGAUUAUUCAGUAUGAUUGUCAUAUCUGUAUAUGUGUAUUAUAAAUGUAUUAAAAUCAUGUCUCAACUACA